UCAUUGCAAAAACAUGAAACUUUCAAACUCAUUGCAGCCAUCAUGUCUAUGUUUCCUCUUGAUUGCAUUUCUAGAAUUCAUGUCUGCUUUUGGAAAUUCCGACACUUACAUUAUUCAUAUCGAUUCAUCUGCCAUUCCCAAAGCCUUUUCUAGCCACCAAAAUUGGUACUUAUCCAUGUUGUCCUCUGCAUCCGAUCGACCUCUGCAAGGCUUUGCUACUUCGUCUUCGUCUAAACUUCUGUAUUCUUACACGAAUGCGAUUAAUGGUUUUAGCGCCGUUCUUUCGCCGACGGAACUCGAAGCCGUCAAGCAUUCGCCGGGAUACGUUUCUUCGACUAGAGACACAAUGGUUGAAAUGGACACAACCUCGUCAUUCCGGUUCCUCGGCCUUAAUCCCAACGGCGGGGCGUGGCCGGUUUCCGGUUACGGCGAGGACGUCAUAAUCGGCAUGGUGGACACCGGAGUUUGGCCGGAGAGUAAGAGCUUCGACGACGACGGGAUGAGCGACGUCCCGUCGAGAUGGCGCGGCGAAUGCCAGAGUGGAUUCGACUUCAACUCGUCGACGUGCAAUAAGAAACUCGUCGGCGCGCGGUAUUUCAACAAAGGGCUACUCGCAAGGAAUCCCAACAUGACCGUAUCGAUGAACUCAGCCCGUGACGUCGACGGGCACGGAACGCACACCUCGUCCACGGCCGCGGGGAGUUACGUCGACGGCGCAAAUUACUUCGGCUACGCAACGGGGACGGCUCGAGGAAUGGCGCCGAGGGCGCGAUUGGCGAUGUACAAAGCAUUGUGGCAAGAAGGGUCGUAUGUCUCCGAUAUCGUCGCCGCCAUCGACGGCGCCAUCGCGGACAGCGUCGACGUAUUGUCCAUAUCAUUAGGCGUCAACGGCGCGCCGUUGCAUGGCGAUCCCGUGGCUAUAGCGACGUUCGCCGCGAUGGAGAAGGGUAUUUUUGUCUCGACUUCAGCCGGUAACUUGGGGCCAGAUUUGUGGUCGUUGCACAACGGGAUCCCGUGGGUUCUAACAGUGGCUGCCGGAACGAUAGACCGGAGCUUUCUAGGGACUAUAGCUCUCGGAAACGGGGUGUCUGCCACAGGGUUGUCGCUCUACCACGGAGACUUUGCGUCGACGGAAUCGCCAAUGGUUUUCCUCGACGGUUGCAACGAUAACAGCGCGUUCAAAUCAAUGGAGGGCAAGAUCGUCGUGUGCUUGGACACACAAGACACGUUGAGCCAACAAGUGUACUUAGCCGAGAACGCUAAGCUCGCCGGCGGAGUCUUCAUUACAAGCGACGACGACGUAUCCUCGUACAUUAAGGCCUCGUUCCCGGCGAUCUUUCUUACCCCCGAGCAAGGACAAAGCGUGUUGGAAUACAUCAAGACCGACGCGAAGGCUAGAGCGACGUUUAAGUUCCAACAAACGGUGACUGGGACAAAACCAGCGCCGAAGCUCGCGAGCUACAGUGCAAGAGGGCCGUCGAUGAGCUGUCCACAUGUCCUAAAACCCGACAUUAUGGCUCCCGGCGAUCUCAUACUCGCUUCAUGGCCUUGGAACAAACGGAUAACCUCGGAUGCUUCUGGAAAACUCUUGCAUUCCUUCAACAUUCUGUCAGGAACAUCGAUGUCCUGCCCUCAUGCAUCCGGAAUUGCUGCCCUGAUUAAAGGCACGCAUCCGAAUUGGAGCCCGGCCGCCAUUCGAUCCGCCUUGAUGACAACUUCUUACAUCAUCGACAACUCCGGUAGCGUUAUUAAGGAUGUCGGAUCGAAGGACAAGCCGGCUAAUCCAUUCGGCAUGGGAGCCGGCCAUGUCGACCCGGACAGGGCACUCGAUCCGGGGCUCGUCUACGACGCCGAGAAAGAAGAUUACAUCAAACUUAUAUGUGCAAUGAACUUCACAUCAAGUCAAAUCCAAUCCAUUACACGUUCGAAUUCUUACAGCUGCUCGAAUGCAUCGCUCGACAUGAACUACCCUUCCUUCAUCGCCUUCUUCGAUGGAAAGACUAAUGAUUCUGUGACAAAAGUUUUCGAUAGAGUUGUGACGAAUGUUGGGAAUUCGAAAUCGAUUUACACAGCGAGAUUGACGGGUUUGGGAGGAUUGAAAGUUACCGUUAGGCCUGAGAGGUUGGAGUUCAGUAAGAAGUAUGAAAAGAGAGGAUUCAGAUUAAGGGUAGAAGGUUCGGACAGGAUGAAAGAAUCCAUGGUUUAUGGUUCAUUGACUUGGGUCGAAUCCAAGGGUCGACACCACGUCAGGAGUCCCAUAGUUGCUACGAACAUGGAUGGUUCGAUCGAUCAAUAAUAAUUUCUGUCUGUGACUUUGCUUUCAGACACAGCUGUGCGAAAUGGGUGGGGUUGUUUCAGUGAAGAAGACAAGAUGAUAAAGACAUCAUCGUCAUCAACGCUGCUGUUAAAUUACAACAAUUUGGUCCCAACUAAUUAGGGUAACUGUUAUAAUUAGUAUUAUCGUAUGUUUUUUGCUGUUAGUUGGUGAUCUAACAUCUCCAAUCGUGUGUCGGUGCUGUCGUCUUGAAUUUUUAUAAAUUAAUUGGACAAAUUUAGGUUAAA